GGCAUAGAAAAACAUUUAAAAUGUAUGCGAUCACUUAAUUCCAUGGUGUAAAAAACAACACCAAGAAAUGGCUCCAACUGGCAGUUUCUUACUUGGGGAAAGUGGAGCAGUUGGUUUUCAAUUACGGGUGCAGCAACUAUUUAAUAUCAAUAAUUAAGUGUGAAGUAAAUUGUUUAAAAUAAAUAUAUAUUUGUACUUUGAAAAUGUUUGUUGAAACAUGCAUUGCACCUGUGAACAUAGCACUAAUCAAAUAUUGGGGAAAGCGACAUGAGGAACUCAUAUUACCCAUCAACGACUCGCUCAGUGUGACCCUUAACACCGACGAGAUGUGCGCUAAGACAACAGCAGCUGCUUCAGCUUCCUUUAAAGAUAACGUCAUGUGGUUGAAUGGCGAAAUGGUACCAUUUGAGCAGAACGCACGGUUAAUACGUUGUGUGAAGGAAUUACAAAAAAUUGCAAUUGCUAAAGGAAAACUGAAGUUCCCCAUAGUGUGGAAACUACACAUAGCAUCGCGCAAUAAUUUUCCCACUGCUGCGGGUUUGGCGUCAAGCGCAGCUGGUUACGCUUGUCUAGUAUAUACACUUGCGCAACUGUAUGGCGUGGAAAAUGAAGAAUUAACGGCGAUUGCUCGCCAAGGUAGUGGUUCUGCAUGUCGCAGCUUACAUGGCGGUUUUGUACGCUGGCAUAUGGGUAUACGUAAUGAUGGUAGUGACUCAGUAGGAUUUCCCAUUGUACCUGCAGAACAUUGGCAGGACUUUCAUAUUCUCAUAUUGGUGGUAAACGAUUCACGUAAGAAAACAAGCUCGACUAACGGUAUGAAACGAGCUGUAGAAACAUCAGAUUUGUUAACAUAUCGUGCGCAACAUUGCGUACCACAGCGUAUAGCGGCAGUGAUCGAUGCAAUCAAAAACCAUGACUUCCCUAAGUUGGCAGAAAUUACUAUGCGCGAUUCGAAUCAAUUUCAUGCAAUUGCAUUAGACACAUUUCCACCAUGUAUAUAUAUGAAUGAUGUUUCACAUGCAAUUGUCGAAUUUGUUCACGCUUUUAACAAAGAAACAGGCGAAGUAAAGUUGGCUUAUACUUUUGAUGCCGGACCAAAUGCUUGCCUAUUUCUUUUGGAAAAAGAUGUAAGUGCUGCAUUGGCAGCAAUACAAACCAGUUUUCCAAAUGAUGAGGGAGAGAGUGCAGAAUAUGUUAAGGGCAUACCUAUAAGGCGUAAACCCAAAGAGGUCGACGCCUUCUACAAUAAUAGUACUUUACAUAAAAAUGACAAAAAUCUCCUUAAAUAUAUAAUUCAUACAAGAAUUGGUACAGGACCACAACGUCUCGAUGAAAGCAAAAGUCUUUUGAAUAUCGGUAAUGGCUUUCCACUUGAAAAUUAAGAAAAAACCGCCUUUGGGAUAUAUUUAUUUAAGUCAUAAGCAGAAAAAGGUAAACAUUGUGAUCGAAGAGAAAUUGUUCAAUAAAUAUUUUUUUACAUGUGUAUAUCAAUAAUAAUAAUAAUAAACGGUACGGUAUAUUAAAUAUUA